AUGCUACCCAUACUAUGGCUUGACUUCAAUCACGGCAACAUCGCGGGCGGCCUCCCGUCGGAGCUCGGCCUCUUCUGCGACCUCGCGCUGCUUCGCCUCACUCCGACCGCUCCCCCGAGCGCCUCCUGCACGCACCUCCGCCCAUGGGCCGGCCGCCCGCGCCGUGGUGCUACUGCACUCAUGCGCGCGAGGCCCGCGCCCGGCCAGCAGGACGACCGCGUUGCCUGCUCCCCGGGGCCGCAUCCUCCCGCCCGCGUCGCGCCGCUGACCUUGCGCUCAGCCGCGUCACGGCGCACUCCUUCCAGCGUCUGCCGGCUCCACCGCCGCACCUUCGGCUCGGCCACCUGCUCCUGGCCACGCGCGCUCCGCAGGUGGGUCGGCUCCGCCUCCCACAGCUAUCCCGCGCCGGCUCCCAGCUGUCUCGACCACGCUGACCAGCUCCCGACUCCACCCCCACGACCUCGGCGCGAUGCAGCCCGCGCUGGGCCGGCUCCGUCCGCGACCCAGCCGGCCUCCUCCACGACUCCACGCCCGCACCGCCGCGGCUGCGUCCCGCUCGCCGCCUUGAAGUUCCAGCCGGCGCCGCCCCCGUUCCUCCUCACGCGUGCCCGCAGUCGGCCCCGCGGGGCUCGUCUGUGUCCCCGCUGGCUGGCUCGCGGCCGCGGGCCGGCCCCGCCUCGCCUCCCGCCAGCCAGAGUCCGCCUCCGCGCGCGCUAG